GUAAAAUCAUGGCGGAAAAAUUGAAAUAUUUUCUUUGUGAGAGUGACUCUCCAGUCACUAGCCUACUGUGAGACGUAAUCUAGUGUGUAGUCAGUCAGACCUAGAGGAAUGACUUGACUGAGACUCAUAUAUUUUUGCUGAUCUAUUAUUGAGAGGCACCAGUCUGUAAGCUCCAGUGACGCCAAUGUUUAUACAUCUUCUGUAUAGUCUAGAUCCACUGUGUCUGUGAUCUGAAGGUUGGAGAAAUUAUAAGCUUAAAUGUACUCGAGCCUAGUAAGCUUCCAAAAGUCAAGAUCGAACCAAAUCCAUAUAGCUUAGAUCUUGUCUACAGGACGAAAUUAUCUUUGAAACCACUACCUGCCGGACAAGCUAAUUAGGAUACAGUAUAAAUCAUGGAUGAGAUUGGUGAGUUAGGAGAAAUGCUCCCAGUUCCAGGAGAACCAAGAGUGUUACAUGUUGAUGUAUGCCAAGAUCCAUGCAGUACUGUUAAGGCAGCCAGUAUAAAAGAACAUGUGAAAAGAUUGUUUCACAAGAGGGAAUGUCCUUUAGGAGAUAUGAAACUUACAGAGUUUAAUGAUGAAUUCCUUACUGAACAUGUAAAAUGUAUAGAAGUAACAGACUCGGAGUUUGAAGAUUCUACACAGAGUCCCAAUCUAUCAUCCAUAACAGUGGAGGUGCAUGUAUACCAGGUGCAUAAGGGUGGCCCAGCACAAGAGGAUCUUGAUGAAGAGGAGGAGCUAGCAGCUGCCAAUCAUUGGCUCCUCCCAUCUUCUGACUUCCAAGGCAUGUGGGAGAACCUCAUAUUUGACAGUCAUAUAAAACGAGAGCUCCUACAAUAUGCCAGCACAACUUUAUUAUUCUCUGACUGUAACGUAGAUAGUAAUAUAAUAACAUGGAAUCGCGUUGUGCUACUUCAUGGUCCUCCAGGUACAGGAAAAACAUCACUGUGUAAAGCCCUUGCUCAGAAGCUGUGUAUUAGGAUGUCUGAUCGCUAUAGUUACGGACAGCUGAUUGAGAUUAACAGUCACAGUUUAUUCUCAAAAUGGUUCUCAGAGAGUGGCAAGUUGGUGAUGAAAAUGUUCCAGAAAAUCCAGGAGCUUAUAGAUGAUAGCGAUGCUCUAGUUUGUGUCCUAAUUGAUGAGGUAGAGAGUCUCACAUCAGCUAGGAAGUCUGCCAUGUCUGGCAGUGAACCGUCAGAUGCAAUACGUGUUGUCAAUGCCCUCCUUACUCAGAUUGAUCAGAUCAAGAGGUACCCCAAUGUGCUGAUAUUGACCACAUCCAAUGUGACAGGUGCGAUAGACUUGGCGUUUGUUGACAGAGCUGACAUAAAGCAGUAUAUUGGACCCCCAUCACCUGAGGCUAUUUUCAAGAUUUUACACUCUUGUAUCAGUGAACUUAUGAGGGCUGGUAUAAUAAGUCCCCCACAACAACUGCUGGACUUGAAAGCACUCAAGAUGAUGAACUUUGUAAAGAAUGAGCUGACCAGCCUCAGCCUAAUGCUCAGACAGAUCGCCAUAGAGAGUUAUGGUUUGAGUGGGAGGACUCUAAGAAAGCUUCCAUUUAUUGCUCAUGCUACAUUCCUGCAGUCUAGCAAGGUUGGCUUGGAGAAGUUUCUCAGUGCAUUAGACCUUGCAGUGAAAAAACAGUUCAGUGACAGAAAUGAUCUCGAAAAAGAUUGAUACUUGGCCUAUAAAUGUGAUCUGUGGAAUAGAUAGGAUAUAUUCA